CAUGACACUGACAGUUGGAAUUGGCGCCAAAGUUUGUUAUGCAUUUUUUUUUUGAAGUCAAGCUCCCUUUCAUCAAGAUUCUUUUUUUUUUGUUAUUAAUUUUCUAAUAAAUUUUCACUUUUAUCCAACAUAAAUAUGGAAGAAGGUGAUUUCGACCAACGUUUAAGGGAUCUGCAACGGGAGUAUCUGGAAUUUUUAGAUGAUGAGGAGGAUCAAGGUGUUUAUAUGGAGAAAGUGAAACUUAUGAUCGGUGAACAGAGUAGGCGACUCAUUGUAAAUAUAAAUGACCUUAGAAGAAAAAAUCCCGAAAGAGCCAAAAACUUACUGGAGACCGCCUUCGAAGAGCAAAUAGCGUUUCAGAAAGCGUUAAAGGAAUAUGUUUCUUCUAUAGACCCGACCUAUGCCAAAGAGCAAGAAGAGUUCUUUGUGGCUUUUUCAGGUAGUUUUGGUACAAAGCAUGUUACACCAAGAAGUUUGACAUCAAGUUAUUUGGGCAAUCUAAUAUGUGUGGAGGGCAUUGUGACAAGGGUGUCGCUGGUGAGGCCCAAGGUGGUGCGCAGCGUGCACUACUGCCCGGCCACCAAGAAAGUGAUGGAGAGGAAGUAUACAGACUUGACAUCCUUUGAGGCGUUCCCUACUACUGCUGUUUACCCUACUAAGGACGAUGAUGGAAACCCUCUAGAAACAGAGUAUGGUCUAUCACGCUACAAAGACCACCAGACCCUGACAAUACAAGAGAUGCCAGAAAGGGCACCAGCUGGACAGUUGCCUCGCAGUGUUGAUGUGGUGUGCGACAAUGACCUGGUGGACAUGUGCAAGCCUGGCGACAGGGUGCAGGUGGUGGGGAACUACAGGUGCCUGCCCAACAAACAGGGGAGCUUCACUGCUGGCACCUUUAGGACAAUUCUCAUAGCCAACAACAUCACCCAAGUAAACAAGGACAUGAACCUCACCAUCUCCCGGGAAGACGUCAAGCUGUGCAAGAGCAUGGCCAAGCGCUCCACCACCGACAUGUUCGAGCUGCUGAGCAAGUCGCUGGCCCCGUCGAUACACGGCCACGAUUACAUUAAGAAGGCCAUCCUUUGCCUGCUACUGGGCGGCAUGGAGAAGAUUCUGCCUAAUGGCACAAGACUCAGAGGUGACAUCAACAUCCUUCUCAUCGGCGACCCGUCGGUGGCCAAGUCUCAGCUGCUGCGCUACGUGCUGAUGACAGCACCUCGCGCCAUCACCACCACGGGCCGCGGCUCCUCCGGCGUGGGGCUCACGGCCGCCGUCACCACCGACCCCGACACCGGCGACCGCAGGCUAGAAGCGGGCGCCAUGGUGCUGGCGGACCGCGGCGUGGUGUGCAUCGACGAGUUCGACAAGAUGUCCGACAUCGACCGCACCGCCAUCCACGAGGUCAUGGAGCAGGGCCGCGUCACCAUCGCCAAGGCGGGCGUGCACGCGUCGCUCAACGCGCGCUGCGCGGUGCUGGCCGCCGCCAACCCUGUGUACGGUCGGGUGAGUGGUCAGCGCUCAGACGAGGGGUGGUGGUCAUCACAGGUGACGGAGCAGGGCCGCGUCACCAUCGCCAAGGCGGGCGUGCACGCGUCGCUCAACGCGCGCUGCGCGGUGCUGGCCGCCGCCAACCCUGUGUACGGUCGGGUGAGUGGUCAGCGCUCAGACGAGGGGUGGUGGUCAUCACAGGUGACGGAGCAGGGCCGCGUCACCAUCGCCAAGGCGGGCGUGCACGCGUCGCUCAACGCGCGCUGCGCGGUGCUGGCCGCCGCCAACCCUGUGUACGGUCGGGUGAGUGGUCAGCGCUCAGACGAGGGGUGGUGGUCAUCACAGGUGACGGAGCAGGGCCGCGUCACCAUCGCCAAGGCGGGCGUGCACGCGUCGCUCAACGCGCGCUGCGCGGUGCUGGCCGCCGCCAACCCUGUGUACGGUCGGGUGAGUGGUCAGCGCUCAGACGAGGGGUGGUGGUCAUCACAGGUGACGGAGCAGGGCCGCGUCACCAUCGCCAAGGCGGGCGUGCACGCGUCGCUCAACGCGCGCUGCGCGGUGCUGGCCGCCGCCAACCCUGUGUACGGUCGGGUGAGUGGUCAGCGCUCAGACGAGGGGUGGUGGUCAUCACAGGUGACGGAGCAGGGCCGCGUCACCAUCGCCAAGGCGGGCUUGCACGCGUCGCUCAACGCGCGCUGCGCGGUGCUGGCCGCCGCCAACCCUGUGUACGGUCGGGUGAGUGGUCAGCGCUCAGACGAGGGGUGGUGGUCAUCACAGGUGACGGAGCAGGGCCGCGUCACCAUCGCCAAGGCGGGCGUGCACGCGUCGCUCAACGCGCGCUGCGCGGUGCUGGCCGCCGCCAACCCUGUGUACGGUCGGGUGAGUGGUCAGCGCUCAGACGAGGGGUGGUGGUCAUCACAGGUGACGGAGCAGGGCCGCGUCACCAUCGCCAAGGCGGGCUUGCACGCGUCGCUCAACGCGCGCUGCGCGGUGCUGGCCGCCGCCAACCCUGUGUACGGUCGGGUGAGUGGUCAGCGCUCAGACGAGGGGUGGUGGUCAUCACAGGUGACGGAGCAGGGCCGCGUCACCAUCGCCAAGGCGGGCGUGCACGCGUCGCUCAACGCGCGCUGCGCGGUGCUGGCCGCCGCCAACCCUGUGUACGGUCGGGUGAGUGGUCAGCGCUCAGACGAGGGGUGGUGGUCAUCACAGGUGACGGAGCAGGGCCGCGUCACCAUCGCCAAGGCGGGCGUGCACGCGUCGCUCAACGCGCGCUGCGCGGUGCUGGCCGCCGCCAACCCUGUGUACGGUCGGGUGAGUGGUCAGCGCUCAGACGAGGGGUGGUGGUCAUCACAGGUGACGGAGCAGGGCCGCGUCACCAUCGCCAAGGCGGGCGUGCACGCGUCGCUCAACGCGCGCUGCGCGGUGCUGGCCGCCGCCAACCCUGUGUACGGUCGGGUGAGUGGUCAGCGCUCAGACGAGGGGUGGUGGUCAUCACAGGUGACGGAGCAGGGCCGCGUCACCAUCGCCAAGGCGGGCUUGCACGCGUCGCUCAACGCGCGCUGCGCGGUGCUGGCCGCCGCCAACCCUGUGUACGGUCGGGUGAGUGGUCAGCGCUCAGACGAGGGGUGGUGGUCAUCACAGGUGACGGAGCAGGGCCGCGUCACCAUCGCCAAGGCGGGCGUGCACGCGUCGCUCAACGCGCGCUGCGCGGUGCUGGCCGCCGCCAACCCUGUGUACGGUCGGGUGAGUGGUCAGCGCUCAGACGAGGGGUGGUGGUCAUCACAGGUGACGGAGCAGGGCCGCGUCACCAUCGCCAAGGCGGGCGUGCACGCGUCGCUCAACGCGCGCUGCGCGGUGCUGGCCGCCGCCAACCCUGUGUACGGUCGGGUGAGUGGUCAGCGCUCAGACGAGGGGUGGUGGUCAUCACAGGUGACGGAGCAGGGCCGCGUCACCAUCGCCAAGGCGGGCGUGCACGCGUCGCUCAACGCGCGCUGCGCGGUGCUGGCCGCCGCCAACCCUGUGUACGGUCGGGUGAGUGGUCAGCGCUCAGACGAGGGGUGGUGGUCAUCACAGGUGACGGAGCAGGGCCGCGUCACCAUCGCCAAGGCGGGCUUGCACGCGUCGCUCAACGCGCGCUGCGCGGUGCUGGCCGCCGCCAACCCUGUGUACGGUCGGGUGAGUGGUCAGCGCUCAGACGAGGGGUGGUGGUCAUCACAGGUGACGGAGCAGGGCCGCGUCACCAUCGCCAAGGCGGGCGUGCACGCGUCGCUCAACGCGCGCUGCGCGGUGCUGGCCGCCGCCAACCCUGUGUACGGUCGGGUGAGUGGUCAGCGCUCAGACGAGGGGUGGUGGUCAUCACAGGUGACGGAGCAGGGCCGCGUCACCAUCGCCAAGGCGGGCGUGCACGCGUCGCUCAACGCGCGCUGCGCGGUGCUGGCCGCCGCCAACCCUGUGUACGGUCGGGUGAGUGGUCAGCGCUCAGACGAGGGGUGGUGGUCAUCACAGGUGACGGAGCAGGGCCGCGUCACCAUCGCCAAGGCGGGCGUGCACGCGUCGCUCAACGCGCGCUGCGCGGUGCUGGCCGCCGCCAACCCUGUGUACGGUCGGGUGAGUGGUCAGCGCUCAGACGAGGGGUGGUGGUCAUCACAGGUGACGGAGCAGGGCCGCGUCACCAUCGCCAAGGCGGGCGUGCACGCGUCGCUCAACGCGCGCUGCGCGGUGCUGGCCGCCGCCAACCCUGUGUACGGUCGGGUGAGUGGUCAGCGCUCAGACGAGGGGUGGUGGUCAUCACAGGUGACGGAGCAGGGCCGCGUCACCAUCGCCAAGGCGGGCGUGCACGCGUCGCUCAACGCGCGCUGCGCGGUGCUGGCCGCCGCCAACCCUGUGUACGGUCGGGUGAGUGGUCAGCGCUCAGACGAGGGGUGGUGGUCAUCGCAGGUGACGGAGCAGGGCCGCGUCACCAUCGCCAAGGCGGGCGUGCACGCGUCGCUCAACGCGCGCUGCGCGGUGCUGGCCGCCGCCAACCCUGUGUACGGUCGGGUGAGUGGUCAGCGCUCAGACGAGGGGUGGUGGUCAUCCCAGGUGACGGAGCAGGGCCGCGUCACCAUCGCCAAGGCGGGCGUGCACGCGUCGCUCAACGCGCGCUGCGCGGUGCUGGCCGCCGCCAACCCUGUGUACGGUCGGUACGACCAGUACAAGACUCCGAUGGAGAACAUCGGGCUGCAAGACUCGCUGCUGUCCCGGUUCGACCUGCUGUUCGUGAUGCUGGACAUCGCCGACGCGGACCACGACAACCUUAUUGCUGAGCACGUGCUGAGGAUGCACAGAUACAGAAAUCCAAAAGAACAAGACGGAGAAGUACUCCCCAUGGGCUGUUCAGUGGAGAUGCUGUCCACAGAGAACCCUGACAAUGAUGAAGUUGCGGACACAAAAGACUCGAUAUACGAGAAGUACGACCCGCUGCUUCACGGCAAGUCGCGCAGCCGCAAGGAGCAGAUCCUGUGCACCAAGUUCAUGCGCAAGUUCAUCCACAUCGCGCGCCUCAUGAAGCCCAAGCUCACGCAGGAGGCGAGCGACUCCAUCGCCGACGAGUACGCCAAGCUGCGCAACCAGGACAUGAUGGACAGCGACGUGGCCAGGACGCAGCCGGUGACGGCGCGCACGCUGGAGACGCUGAUCCGGCUGGCGACGGCGCACGCCAAGUGCCGGCUCAGCUUCCAGGUCACGCACGACGACGCGCUCGCCGCCAUCGAGCUCGUGCACUACGCGUACUUCAAGAAGGUGCUGUCAAAGGAGAAGCGUCGCAAGCGGCGCGCGUCGUCGGCGGACGAGGCCAACGGCUCCGACGCAGAGCAACCCUCGCAGCCCCGGCCGAAGAAGUCCAGACGAACGGAGGGCAGCGAGGGACAGGACCCGUACGAGUUCUCAUCGGACGAGGAGACGGAGCCGGUGCUGCGCGCGGCGCACUCCGCGCAGCCCGAGCCCGAGCAGCGGAGCACCCGCUCGCAGGCUGCCAUCGACCCCACUAGGCUGUCGCAGUUCAAGGCGGCGCUGCAGCAGCUGUUCCGCUCGGAGCGCGCCAACACGCUGCCGCUGGAGCGCAUCGCCGCGCACAUGGCGCAGCAGUUCUGCCACCAGCCCUUCGCGCGCGCCGAGCUGCUGGCCGCUCUGCAGCGCAUGACGGCCGACAACCAGCUCAUGAUGGCGGACGACAUGGUCUUCCUCAUCUGACCGCGUAUCUCAUCUCUUCGUAACGGACUUUUUACAUACUUUCCCCUCUCGGUGACCGCCAGUAGGAAGUCAAAAACUCGUUCAUGGGCGUAGCCAGGAAUCUUUCUUUCUAUCUGGGGGGGGGGGGGGGGGGAGCUGUACUUAAAUUGAGUAUUUCACAUUACAAAUUCAUAGUUUAACUAGUUUUACGCCCGAAACUGAAAUUCAGUUUCAACCUCAAUUUCGUCCUAAACUCGUCACUUUUUCGUAUCAUAAUUUGUUAACAAAGUUAGUUAAAUCUUUUAAUAUCUCAUAAUUUGGUAUGAAGCUCCAUAGGCCAACGCGCACCUAGGGAGGGCACGCCCACCUGUGCCUCGCUACGCCCAUGAACCCAUUGAUCAUGAAGCGCCUCGCUACACUACUCGACUAACUUCGGGACUUUGUUGAAGCGAGUAAUGUAUUUGAGAAAUAGUGCCUUCUAUGAUGGUUAAGUUUGCUCUAAAGUUGGUACAAACCUGUGCACACGGCCCAGUAGCGACAGUGAUUGUGCCAUCAUUUUGUGGUAAAGGAAACAUCUUUAGCAGGUACCAGGACUUGUGACUUUGGGAGUAGGCCUUCCAAAAUGCCAACACUCAUCUUACCUGCCCGACAUGUUCUUCAUGCCCAUACUAAACAAUUUACGAUAAAUAAUUGCAACACAAAACAUUAUUGCACAAAAUCACUAACGCGACUGGCAGCGUGACGGCGUCUACGCUGCCUAACAAACAACUGAUCUAAAGUCAUCAUUUGAUGACUUAAAUAAGAGGGUAUUUACCCUCUUAUUUAUACCAACACUGAUACCUCUCUCUCUCUCUCUCUCCAAUUACCUAAAUAAUUAAUGCUAAUACCACCUGUAAUGAGGAACUUGUAACACUAGUGCUAGCAGUGUAUCUACCAAUAGCUGUUACACUCACUAGUGUAACAACUGAUACCAACAGUUGUUACACUAUGUUGGAUGCAAUUUUUAUGACGUUUCCGAACUUCGUGCUUUAUGCUGCAAAAUACAGGAUUUUAGGUAUCACCCGUUACGCAGGAGCGUGGCAGCAGGGCAACACCCCGCGCUCUUUUAUUUUAGCGUACUUUAUGUAUGACCUGCGGUUUUAUUUCAGACGUCAUAAAGAUCGCGUUCAACUAUAGAUGGCCAUGUAUCCACCGGUAGCUCGAUUAUGAUAUCCACUGGUAGAUUUAAAACAAUCGUUAACAGGCCGUUCAGACUACUUAAGUACGUUAGUCGUGAACAAACAAUUUUUGGAUUUACCUCCCAAAAAUCGUUCGUACUCGACUAAAAUACUAAAGUAGUCUAAACUAGGCCUAAGAGUUGCAGUACAAUAGCUUUACGUUUGACGAAGAAAGAUGAUCAUCAAAUCAUUCAAUCAUUUGAAAAAAUCACCAAAACAAAAAUUGAUUUUUAAUAUUAAGCACCUCUUAACUGCGACUUUGUGUAAUUUCUCACGGUAAGUACAAAUAAGAAUUGUGAUUAUUUUCGUCAAUGGAUAUCAUGAAUCUGUGAAUGUUUACUUGUUUAAGAUAUUAUUAUUUUUAAUAAAAAGUGAUUUUUAAUAAAA